AGUUGAUUCUCUCUUGUUGCAGACAUUGUAUGAUAUCCCUUCCCCUCUUCUCAAGAGAGAGCUUUAAGACGUUAUGGAAGCCUUUGGUCCCCCUUCUCGUUAUUGCAUCGCUCCUGGUAUUCCUACUGGUCGAAUUGAAGCAUAAGCAUGCGUGGUCGGGACUACUCCCAUCCUUUAGGGAAGUGAUAGAAUAUUUACAGUCCCUCUCGAGCCAGGACACCAGUUGUAUAAAGGAAUACAGUCUUAUCGGAGUUAUAGUUUUCCUAUCGACUGUUUGUGGUAUACCAAUAUCGGCCGUGGAAGUGACAGGAGGGAUUCUCCUGAAAUGGCGUGCGCUCCUGGUGGCGUUCCCAGCUAAGACCAUGGGCUGUGCAGUAUCCUUCCUUAUGGGAAGGUAUUUCUGGUUUGAUUUCGUGCGUUCUGCGUUGGACAAGAGCGACUACUAUCACGCGUUACAAAUUCUCACGGAGAAAUCGGAGUUGAAGUUCCUCUUCUUGUCCAGGUUUAUGUAUGUGCCGAUUUGGGUGAAGAAUUAUGGCGCUUCUGUAACGGCAGUAUCCUUCCAAGGGUUCCUCAUAGCCUCUACAACAGUCGGCUUCCUCUUCUCGGUACUCUUCGUAUACGUCGGGGUCACAACGAGCAGCAUACUAGGAGCGAUGUCUACAGGGUCUGAAAGUACGAACCCUGUUACACUGGCACUCAUGAUAGUUGGUAUCAUAUGCCUUACCGUUGGUAUGACGUGGUUAUGCAUUGAAGUUAGGCGGAAAAUCCGCCAGUUGCACGAAUUAGAAGUUGACGAGUCAGCCACUCGGCUGCUAGCCUCUUCACUGGAUGAGGACUAUGCACCACCGAGAGCUGCUGCUACUGCUGCAAUCAUCGACGGGAUAGUGCCUUCCGUUGCCUGUCCUCAAUGCUUUAUAAGCUGUAGUAGUAGAAGUGCAGCUACAACGGCUGCCACUAUGACGACUUGCCGUUUAUGACACUAACUGUUUGCAUUUCUUGAGAGCAAUAAAUUGCUCGUUCGU